AUGGAAAAAGUAGAAUUGGCAAAAGAGAUCGCUGAUGUCAAAUUUGCUAUGAAUCGAAAGCAGGUUGUGGUUGCGCUGGCUGGUGGCGAGCCUGUGUAUUUCGAGCUUGACUCGACUGGGCAACUGAAUGAAUUCACUGAGCGCACAUCGUGGCCACAUGAAGUGCUGUGCAUGAGUUUGAGCGAGCCUAGAAACUGCUUGAGCACCCUAGUUGCGAUGGCUGAAGAUGAAAAUGUGCCUGUGGUCUCUGUCGAUGACGAGAAAUGGAGCAGCAGUAAGUCUUCUGUGAAGAUCUAG